GUGGACAACGAGGAAAAAUUGCAACAGAGAGCCGCACAGACCGGUGGAGCGGAGUCGCUAGCGCCGUGCAUAGUAGUUGGAAGUCUGGAGCGAAGCGCUCGGGGGAAUGGGUGACAUUUAAUUAGGAAAAGGGCUGCGCGCGGGACGAGAGGACGCCAGAGCAGGGGGGGGAGCAGGAUGGACGAGGCGGGCGGCCUGGUGGAGUUCGACGUGCCCGAGUUCAGCAGCGGCGUGCUGAGGCAGCUGAACGAGCUGCGGCUGCAGGGCAAGCUGUGCGACAUCGUGGUGCACAUCCAGGGCCGGCCCUUCCGCGCCCACAAGGCCGUGCUGGCCGCCAGCUCGCCCUACUUCCGCGACCACUCGGCGCUGGGCACCAUGAGCGGCCUCUCCAUCUCCGUCAUCAAGAGCCCCGAGGUGUUCGAGCGGCUGCUGGCCUUCUGCUACACGGGCCGCAUGUCGCUGCGCCUCCGCGACGUGGUCAGCUUCCUGACCGCCGCCAGCUUCCUGCAGAUGCAGGACGUCAUCGACCGCUGCACGCGCAUCCUGGAGGGCCUGCACUCCAAGAUCAGCCUGCCCCCCGGGGCCGGCCCGGGCAGGGCGGGGGCGGCGCACGGGGCGGGGCACAACGGCGUGGGGGAGGGGGGGGAGGAGGAGGAUGAGGAGGAGGAGGGCGACGUGUUGGGAGACCCGAGCCCCGCCCACUUCCCGCGCGAGGAGGUGGCGGGGAGGGGCCGGGGGCGGCGCCCGGCGGAGGAGGAGCGCCGCUCGGAUCGCGGGAGCAGCGACGGGGAGGCGGAGCUGGAGCAGGUGGAGCUGAUUGGCCGGGACGGGCAGGUGACGGACGUGCGGGUGAAGCUGGAGAGGGAAGGCGGCGACGUCGAUGGCGGUGGCGACGUUGGCGGCUACCCCAUGGAGACGGCGGACGGGGAGCAAGUGCUGGCGGUGAGCGUGGGGUCCUCGGUCCUGCGGCCCGUCGUGUACCCCUACCCCCAGCCGGCCCCCGCCCACUCCCCCGCCGGCCACGCCCGCCAUGGCAGGCCCAGCCCUUCCCGCUCCCUGCUGGGCGGUUACUACGGCAACCGAGGGAGACCCAAGCGGGCGUCGGCUCUGGCGGCGGGGGUGGGGGCGGGAGAGGGGACGGGCGUCGCCCAGAAGGAGGGGCUGGAGAACGACGUGCGGGUGCGCAGCCUGCGGGCCCAGUGGGGGUCGCCCGGCGACCCUUACGGUCCCCACGGCGACCGGCUGGUCUGCGUUUACUGCGGCAAGUCCUUCAACCAGAAGGGCAGCCUGGACCGGCACAUGCGGCUGCACAUGGGCAUCACGCCCUUCGCCUGCAUCUACUGCGGCAAGCGCUACACGCGCAAGGACCAGCUGGAGUACCACAUCCGCGGCCACACGGACAACAAGCCCUUCAGCUGCCACCUCUGCGGCAAGAGCUUCCCCUUCCAGGGCACGCUCAACCAGCACCUGCGCAAGAAGCACCUGACCGCCGCCCCCAGCGACUCCCCCGAGGCCCCGGUCCACGAGCCCGACGACGCCCCGCCCCCCAAGCCCCGCCCCCACCUGCCCUACGAGCCGCCGCCCCCGACCGGCAGCAACAACGGCAAGGAGAGUCCCAACGCCAGCCCCUAGGGGGCGCCAAAUCUUCACCUCCUCCCCCCCUGUGUUCUCAAGGGUUACUUUAUAUUGGGUUCUUGUUUCUUUGUUCUCAUGUCUGAAGCUUUAAGGUUGUGUGUGUGUGUUUGUGUAUACAAACACAAUCAUUAAUAGUUAGAAUUUUA